AUGGAAGAAAUCGUGUUACUGGUCGAUGAUUUGAAGCUACUUUCAGGAAUUUCUCGCUGUAGAAUUUGCCAUGAAGAAGAGUUUGAAACCACCAAAACCUUGGAAGCACCAUGUUCUUGUUCCGGAACCGUUAAGUUUGCUCAUAGAGAUUGUAUACAAAGAUGGUGUAACGAAAAAGGAAAUAUAAUUUGUGAAAUAUGUCUCCAGCAAUAUGAACCUGGAUAUACGACUCUUCCAAAGAAGACAGAGAUAAAUGAUGAAGCAAUGUCCAUAAGGGUAGAGGAAGAAGCUUCAGACUUGAGAGAAAAUAUGGUGGAAGGAACUGUAAUAGAAAGUGAUUAUUCAGAAUGCAGCUCUACUGCUGACAGAAGUGCAACUCACUGUCGAUCACUUGCAAUAGCUUUUACACUUGUGUUGCUGGUAAGACAUUGUCUUGUAGUGCCUACAAGUGGAGCUGAAGAUUACCCAUUUACACCUCUUACUGUCAUUGUACUAAAAGCUCUUGGAAUUAUUAUACCCAUGUACAUAGUUACAAAGACAAUUGGAGCCAUUCAGAAUACUAUUAGGCGCUAUCGUGGCUCUGACUAUGACACAUCUCUUCCCGAUGAACAUUACAGAAAUGAUGCAACACACCAAGAAAAUUUAAUAGAUUCAUAG